UUACACUCUCCUGCCCCACUUCCCAGCUUCCAACUCAAAUGGAACACGCAAAUUGGCAAGCCAAGCUAGUUUGUGCAUGUGGUAGAACUUUAUGAAAGCCACAAACUUUCCUGUCCUCUUCUUAUCAUUGUAUUAUCAUUUCGUCACCCAUAGAAUCACCAUAUCCUGUGAUCUGUCUUCCAGAUUUAUUAACUCUUACACAAUCCUUGUAUAAAUAGGUGUGCCCAAUUGGCCUGGAAAGAAAAUAACUCAAGGCUCCUGAGUAAUUGCUAUUUUCACAUAAAUGCCUUGAAAGAAAGCGGCAGGUACUCUGGCUGAUGAGCUCUUGAACAAAUUAAAGAAGCUGUUAAAAUGGUGUUUGGUGAUUGGUUCUACGGCUGCGCAAAAUGCUUUCAGAAGCCUUCAACUUCAGCUUCAAACUUCCCAGCAGACGAAAACCAAGGCAACCACGUCUCAUCAUCAUCUGAUAAUAAUUCCAAGAUAAUCCAACAGAAGAAACCUGGAGGAUGGAGAGCUAUGCCUUAUAUUUUAGGAAAUGAGACGUUUGAGAGACUGGCUACUUUUGGAUUGUUAGCCAACUUUAUGGUAUAUUUGAUGAGAGUCUUUCACAUGGAGCAAGUGUCAGCGGCUAACGUUAUCAACAUCUGGGCCGGUAUAACCAAUUUUGCUCCUCUGCUUGGCGCUUUCAUCUCCGAUGCCUAUGUGGGCAGGUUUAGAACGAUUGCUUUUGCUUCCUGUGCAGUUUUUCUGGGAAUGGUGACUAUGACCUUAACGGCAUGGCUGCCUUAUCUCCAUCCUCCUAAAUGCCACCCAGAAGAAAGGCAUCCAUUUGAUCACUGUGAGAGUCCUACAGCAGUUCAAUUCGGUGUCCUAUUCAUAGGCCUUGGCCUCUUAUCUAUAGGAACUGCUGGAAUCAGGCCAUGCAGUAUUCCAUUUGGGGUUGAUCAAUUUGACCCAACGACUGAAGAUGGAAUUAGAGGGAUUAAUAGCUUCUUCAAUUGGUACUACACGACUUUCACAGUAGUGAUUUUGAUCACUUUAACUGUAGUGGUAUAUAUUCAAGAUUCUGUCGGCUGGGUACUUGGCUUUGGGAUUCCUACUGUGCUUAUGCUGUGCUCUAUUGUCCUUUUCUUCAUUGGAACAAGAAUUUAUGUGCAUGUAAAGCCAGAGGGAAGCAUUUUUUCUAGCUUUGCUCAGGUGUUUGUUGCUGCUUAUAGAAAGAGAGGGCUUAAGCUUCCUGAUUAUGGAGUCGUGGAGGUUGAAGGGGUCUUUUAUGAUCCUCCGGUGAAGGAGACUGUAUUGUCUAAGCUCCCUCUCACAAAUCAGUUCAGGUUCUUAAACAAGGCAGUCAUGAUAGAGAAAGACGACCUGAACCCUGAUGGUUCUUGUGCAAAUCAAUGGAGGCUCUGCAGUAUCCAACAGAUAGAAGAGGUGAAGUGUCUGUUCAAAAUUAGUCCAAUAUGGGCUUCUGGUAUUAUUAGCCUCACUUCCAUGUCACAGCAAGGAACAUUUACCGUAUCACAAGCCCUGAAAAUGGAUAGACACCUCGGACCCAAGUUUCAAAUUCCUGCAGGUUCCAUCAGUGUUAUUUCAAUGAUAACAAUAGGAAUAUGGCUUCCAUUCUAUGACAGGAUGAUAGUACCAGCUCUUGGAAGAAUCACCAAACAUGAAGGUGGAAUCACACUUCUCCAACGAAUUGGAAUUGGGAUUGUAUUGUCCAUUCUAGCCAUGGUAGUUUCUGGAUUGGUUGAAAGGGAAAGAAGGGCUGUAGCCAUUUCGCAUCCUGAUGGUGCUCAAAUGUCAGUCCUGUGGCUUGCUCCUCAGCUCGUCAUAAUGGGGUUAUGUGAAGCAUUCAAUUUUAUCGGACAAAUAGAAUUCUACAAUAAGGAGUUCCCUGAACACAUGAGAAGUGUGGCUAAUUCUCUUUUCUUUUGCUCAUUUGGGGGUGCAAGCUACCUUAGCAGCUUGGUGAUCACGGUGGUGCACAAAGCUACAAGAACAAAAGACCACCCUGACUGGUUAACUAAAGAUCUAAAUGCUGGAAAAUUGGAUUAUUUCUACUUCCUCCUAGCAGGAAUGGGUAGCGUGAACUUAAUAUAUUUUCUGUUCUGUGCUUGCCGGUAUCGCUACAAAAGUACUACUAAUGUACAAAUAGAAGGUAAAUCCUACCACGAUGUGGAGCUAAGCUUGAGCAAAAAGAUCACAAGCUAAGGUCAAAAUGUUCAUUUAGCCAUACAUAAUAUUUUAUAAUUCUGUUGAGUUGAGUGUUGGGGGAUGAAUAAGAUAGUGUUGUGGGAUAUGCCUUCUUUAAGUUAGUUCAUUUACUGUAACCGAAAGCAGUAUAUGGAUUGGCCUUGGAGACUUGAAUAUAUCAAAGUGAAUGCAUUUUCUUGUUGAUAA